AUGAGGCAACUCAAACACGUUGAGUCUAUUCGAGAAUAUGUGGAGAAAUUCUCUAUGUUGAUAUUGGAAGUACCUCGGAUGGAUGAGGAAGACAAGCUUCACUAUUUCAUGGAAAGACUCCAGACAUUGGCCCAAAAUGAAAUCUGCAGACAAGGAGUCCACGACAUCUGAGGAGCAAUGAUGGUGGCAGACAUACUGAUAGAUAACUGAUGCCAACAAUCAGAUGGCAAUAACACAUCUCAAGGGGGUCGAGGUUGCAAUGCCAACUAGGGAUGAGGAGGACUGGCCUAGACGGGAGCGGGUCAAGGCAAUCAUAGCCGAGGUCGAAACGAGACCCCUCUACAAAUUGAGGGACCAAUGUGGACAAGGUGCUACGAAUGUGGGGGCCCUCACUGAAGUGCAGAUUAUCCCGACCGAGCCGAUCGACGCAUGGUGAGAGCUCGGCUCAAUCCUGUCUUGACACAGGACCAACCGUCACUAGUAAUUGAAGAGAUACCACAUUUAAACACCAUUCAACUUCUGAAUGUGGUACAAGUGAAGGCCAUACAAGAGGCUCCUAGAAAACUACUAUUUGUAGAGGCAAUUAUUAACUCCACUCCGACAAAGGCAUUAGUAGACUCAAAGGCCACUCAUAACUUUCUAUUAGAGAAAGAAGCCCACCACCUUGGGCUGAACUUGGUACACACUAACGACAAGAUCAAAGCUAUCAACUCUGAAGUCCAAAUCUCGGUGGGACUAGCCCAACACGUGAAGACAAAUGGGCACAUGGGAAGACCAAUUGGACUUCCUCAUGCUACGAAUAGAUGA